AUGAAGAUUCCUAACAUUGGUAAUGUGAUGAAUAAAUUUGAGAUCCUUGGGGUUGUAGGUGAAGGAGCCUAUGGAGUUGUACUUAAAUGCAGACACAAGGAAACACAUGAAAUUGUGGCAAUCAAGAAAUUCAAGGACAGUGAAGAAAAUGAAGAAGUCAAGGAAACGACCCUACGAGAGCUUAAAAUGCUUCGUACUCUCAAGCAGGAAAACAUUGUGGAGCUGAAAGAGGCUUUUCGUCGGAGAGGGAAAUUGUACUUGGUGUUUGAGUAUGUCGAAAAAAAUAUGCUGGAAUUGCUGGAAGAAAUGCCAAAUGGGGUUCCACCUGAAAAAGUAAAAAGCUAUAUCUACCAGCUAAUCAAAGCAAUUCACUGGUGCCAUAAGAAUGACAUUGUUCACAGAGAUAUAAAACCAGAAAAUCUCUUAAUCAGCCACAAUGAUGUUCUGAAACUAUGCGACUUUGGUUUUGCCAGGAAUCUAUCAGAAGGCAACAAUGCUAAUUACACAGAGUAUGUGGCCACCAGGUGGUAUCGCUCACCGGAACUCUUGCUUGGGGCUCCCUACGGAAAAUCUGUAGAUAUGUGGUCAGUGGGCUGUAUUCUUGGGGAACUUAGUGAUGGACAGCCUUUAUUUCCUGGAGAAAGUGAAAUUGACCAACUUUUUACCAUUCAGAAGGUGCUAGGACCACUUCCAUCUGAGCAGAUGAAACUCUUCUACAGUAAUCCUCGUUUCCAUGGACUCCGGUUCCCAGCUGUUAACCAUCCUCAGUCUUUGGAGAGAAGAUACCUUGGAAUCCUAAAUAGUGUUUUACUCGACUUAAUGAAGAAUUUGCUGAAGUUAGACCCAGCUGACAGAUACUUGACAGACCAGUGUUUGAACCACCCUACAUUUCAAACCCAGAGACUUUUGGAUCGUUCCCCUUCAAGGUCGACAAAAAGAAAACCUUACCAUGUGGAAAGCAGCACACUGUCUAAUAGAAGCCAAGCCAGCAAAAGUUCGGCUCUGCAGUCUCACCACAGGUCAAACAGUAAGGACAUCCAGAACCUCAGCGUGGGUAUAUCCCGGGCCGACGAAGGGCUUCCCGCCAAUGAAAGCUUCCUCAAUGGAAACCUCGCCGGAGCCACACUCAGUCCAAUGCACACCAAAACCUACCAAGCAAGCAGCCAGCCUGGGGCUGCCAGCAAAGAUCUCACCAACAAUAACAUACCGCACCUUCUUAGCCCCAAAGAAGCCAAGUCCAAAACUGAGUUCGAUUUCAAUAUUGACCCAAAGCCUUCCGAAGGCCCAGGCACGAAGUACCUCAAGUCCAGCAGCAGAUCUCAGCAGAACCGGCAUUCAUUUAUGGAGAGCUCACAGAGCAAGGCCGGCACCCUGCAGCCCAGUGAGAAGCAGAGUCGCCACAGCUACAUCGACACUAUCCCCCAGUCCUCUAGAAGUCCUUCCUACAGGACCAAGGCCAAGAGCCACGGGGCGCUGAGUGACUCCAAGUCUGUGAGCAAUCUUUCGGAAGCCAGAGGCCAAAUCACAGAGUCCAACACCAGUAGAUACUUCCCAUCCAGCUGCUUGGACUUGAACUCUCCCACCAGCCCAACCCCUGCCAGGCACGGUGACACAAGAACUUUGCUCAGCCCUUCGGGGAGAAAUAACCGAAGUGAGGGCACCCUUGACUCGCGCCGAACCACAACCAGGCAUUCCAAAACGAUGGAGGAGUUGAAGUUGCCUGAGCACAUGGACAGCACCCAUUCCCACUCCCUGUCUGCCCCUCACGAAUCCUUCUCCUAUGGGCUGGGCUACACCAGCCCCUUCUCCUCCCAGCAGCGUCCUCACAGGCACUCAAUGUAUGUGACUCGAGACAAAGUGAGAGCCAAAGGCCUGGACGGCAGCAUGAGCAUAGGGCAAGGGAUGGCUGCCAGAGCCAACAGCCUGCAACUCUUGUCACCACAGCCUGGCGAGCAGCACCCUCCAGAGAUGACAGUGGCAAGAUCUGCGGGUAAAGAAUCCUCUAGAGAAGGCACAUCUUCGUUCCACUCCCGCCAGAAGUCUGAGGGUGGAGUCUAUCAUGAUCCCCACUCCGAUGACGGCACAGCGCCCAAAGAAAAUAGACAUCUGUACAAUGAUCCUGUCCCAAGGAGAGUUGGCAGCUUUUACAGAGUGCCAUCACCACGUCCAGAUAAUUCUUUUCACGAAAAUAAUGUGUCAACCAGAGUUUCUUCCCUACCCUCUGAGAGCAGUUCUGGAACGAACCACUCCAAAAGACAAACAGCCUUUGAUCCAUGGAAAAGUCCUGAAAGUAUUAGUCAUUCUGAGCAACUCAAGGAAAAGGAGAAGCAAGGUUUUUUCAGGUCAAUGAAAAAGAAAAAGAAGAAAUCUCAAACAGUGCCCAAUUCUGAUGGCCCAGAUCUUCUGACGUUACAGAAAGCCAUUCACGCUGCUAGCACCCCGAGCAGCAGACCAAAGGAGUGGCGUCCUGAGAAGAUCCCAGAUCUGCAGACUCAAAGCCAGCCAUUAAAAUCACUGCGCAAGCUGUUACAUCUCUCUUCAGCCUCAAAUCACCCAGCUCCCUCGGAUCCUCGCUUUCAGCCCUUAACAACUCAACAAGCCAAAAAUUCCUUCACUGAAAUUCGAAUUCACCCCAUGAGCCAAGCCUCAAGUGGGAGCAGCAACAUCCGGCAGGAGCCCACCCCAAAGGGCAGGCCAGCCCUCCAGCUGCCAGGUCAGAUGGACCCUGGUUGGCAUGUGUCCUCUGUGACCAGGAGUGCCACAGAGGGGCCCUCCUACUCUGAACAGCUGGGUGCCAAGAGUGGGCCAAAUGGGCACCCUUAUAACAGAACAAAUCGAUCCCGUAUGCCAAACCUGAAUGAUUUAAAAGAGACAGCCUUUAUGAACCUUGCUCAACUUCUAGGCCUCAUCAGUAGCCCUCUAGACAUGAUCUGGGUAGCAGAUGAAUUCAGUAUCGUCUGGGUAGCUCUGCAGUCUGGCUAUGCCAGGCAGCUGCUCUGUUACACACAUGAGCUGGAUCCUCUGCACUUUUGCCUGGAUACCCAUGACUCUGAAAGGGUGUCCAUUUAA